AUGUCUGUCAAGGGCUCUAUGAAAUGCCCCGUGCCUCCAUCCAGCUCCACAACCCUGAAGGCCAAGGACAUGGCACUAAAUGAGAUCCAGGUCGUGAACCAGCUCGGUCACCCCAAUAUCCUUCAACUUUAAGAAGCCUUUGAGGUCAAGAAUCAAGUUGUGCUGAUCAUGGAGUAUGUGGAGGGAGGUGAGCUGUUCGAGAGAAUCGUGGAUGAGAGCUGUCCGCUGACUGCGGUGGAUGCAAUGGUGUUUGUGAAACACAUCUGUGAGGGUGUCCAGUACAUGCACCAGAUGGAUGUACUUCACCUGGACCUCAAGCCAGAGGACAUUCUUCUUGUUAAUCACUCUAGCCAUCAGGUGAAAAUUAUUGACUUUGGACUAGCAAGGAGAUAUAAACCACAGAAGAAGCUCAACGUUUCAUUCGGAACGCCUGAAUUUUUAGUUCCAGAGGUGGUGAACUUCUCUACAGAUAUGUGGACUUUGAAAGUCGUCACAUACAUUCUAAAGCUCUCUAACCUGUUGAUCAGAAAAAGAAAUGGUGAUCUGAGUGCUACACAGUGUCCCAAACACCCGUGGCUCAAUAACAUCACUGAGAAAUCUAAGAGCAGCAACAUUGUGCUCAAGUCUCAGCUUCUCCUCAAGAAGUAUAUGGCCAGACGAAUGUGAAGCAGAAACACAGGGGACACACAAUGAUUUACCUCUUUCUUUACACUGUUUAAAGAUACUAAAUGCUGAAUUUCUCUUAAUUUCUCAUUCAUCCUCUUCCAGCUGUCUCCUUUGUAGAAAAACUAUAUAGCCGUUGCUGCAGCAAAUAGGUUUAAGAAGAUCAGAAGUUCAGGUUCCUUAGCUACGCUUGGAAUCUGAGAGUGUCAGAGACGUCCUGCUGACUGUGCUCACUAUGUGUGCUUUCAUUAUAUGCAGAUCAUGUCUUUGUAUUGUGUGCUGCAUCGCCACCCACUUUUCGUAUCUGAAUACUGAC